AUGGUCAGCACGUCUUCGGCACGUCUCGCAGAGAGGCGAAGCCUGCAACAGGAUUCAGAACCUCGGUAUACCGUAGAACCACAAGAGGAGUUUGAGGCGAUGAUCCCUGCGGCUCCAGAACCAGCGAAGAAGUCACAGCCAAAUGACAGCAAACGCACAUCCUGGACCAAGGCUCCAAAGCAGGCAUCAACGAGCGGCUCCCAGAAGAAAGCAGGCCAGCAGACAGCCGGUGCUGGAAAGAAGCGCAAAGCUGAAGUGCAGCCCGAAGAGGUGGCCACCACAUCCACCAGGAAGAGAGCAAGAUCCUCCAAAUCAGACAAUACCACGGCUGCAAUCCCCCCUGCUCCCCGUAAGAAAGGCACAUCAUGCGCCGAUUGUCGCAAGCGCAGGAUCAGGUGCACGCAUGAUCUGCCGGCUGCCGAGACCUCCACGGCGCAUUCUAAAGCGAAGGCUUCGACAGAAGUUGGAAGUGGAGCACUUGGUCGAGAUGCUGCUGCGUUAACGAGAUCCCCCAAGCCAGCACCGAGACGCGCCGCAACGGUUGCUGCCGCCGAAGACGAACUACCGGACGCGGAGGAUGAGGCUCCACACCCGGAGGGAUCGCAUGAGCCUGAUAUGUCGGGUGUGUCUAUGGCUACACCUUCGACUAGCCAGCACUCGGAGCCAAAUUCAUCGCCUGCAUCACACGAUCCGACCUCAACAACUCCGCCAUCGUCAGUCAGUGCUAUCGAAGUCGACGUCACAGCGCAAACGCCACCGUCGAAGCAGGCAGCACUUGAUAUAGACAACGCCCAUGUCUCCCCUUCGCCUGCCUCUAGUGUGCUGAGUUCGGUACCCUCGGAUGUCAUGGAUCUUAGCUCACCAGAUGAGUUGCGCCGAGAUUCGAAGACCAACGAGAAGGACUCUGGCGGGGAAAUAGUUGCCGAUCAAGAGGCUGUUGCGACUGAUAUUGCAGACAAAGACCAAGCUACAUCCCUCACAGACAAGGAAAAGAGAGCCGAAAGUGCCAGGAAAGGCUGGUUAAAACGCAAGCAGAAUACGGCACAGGCUACUGCAAUCGAAAGUGAAGACCUGGACCAGGUUCGGCCUCUCACAGCCAAAGAGAAGAAAUCCGCAAGUGCCAGAAAAAGCUGGGUGAAGCGCAAGCAGAAUGCGGCCAAGAUUGCAGAAGCGACGUCAAAGAAGCCUACCAAGCGCAAGACUCCAGCCAGAAAGGCAUCAUCGAGUAAGCAAACGAAGCUUGUGACUUUGAUGCUACCAAAACCGACCUCUUCCGGCACAAGUAAGCCCCGUUCGACCCUCCAGAGACCAGACCCUAUCACUCCACAACCCAAAGCAAGUCAACAAGAAAAUGGCUUGCCCACCCCUGAGAACUCGCAAGCGAAGGCUCAUGUUGAAGAGGCAACGUCGGCCGAUCCUCUGUUGCGACAGCUCGCAGAGAAGCUCACGGAAAGAGAGCCGUUAGCCUCUAAGCCUCUUCCUCAAGGUCAGCCAUUGGUCUGGGCAGACAGUAGGCAAGCACUUUGUGAGACUGUGCCAUACUUCAAGAUGCCACAAAGCGGCUGUCACCAGAAUGACCGACACGUAUACGCAUUUCUAUUCGACAGUAUAGGCCACUGCCGCGAGUACAUGGAUUCCGACGUGAUUAUCGCUCGUGCUGGCGGUGGUAUGGAAGCAGAUGCGAGUGGACAGAUAGUGCAAAAGAAGCAUCACCUGAUGACUGAAGCCCAAGUCCAAGCAGUCCUCAACGAUAUCGAGUUGCAAAAUCCAUUGGUCCUCAUUUGUGGCGAUCGCAGUGUGGGAGCAGUCUGCAAGAUGCCUCACAAGUAUAAUGUCCUCGGAUGGUUCAAGCCUGUAUCUGUCUGGGCAGAAAAGACGCUGGGCAAGGGUGGCAAGAAGUGGACGACCAUCAAGUACCGCUUUGAGAGGUUGAACGACAGUAAGCCCGCCUGGCAUCAACCAGAAGAACAGAUGGUCACAGACGAAGAUCGACAGCUCGCUGGAGAUUUGACACAUACACCAUGCCCCGAAUGCCACCGAACCUUUGCUCACACCUACCUUUGCGGAUGGAUGUGUCUCAAUCCAGACUGUGAUCAGUUCUGGAAGCUCGAGGACGGAGGUGACGCGCCAUAUGGCAAAUUGCUUUACAAUCCUGCAUUCCUUCUGGACCGCACUCGCUGGGCCAAGGAAGAAGAGCCGUACAGCGUCAGACCAGCCGUGCCAACGGUUGGCAAUACGGUUGGCGACAACUUGACCUACAUCAACACUCGUGGCAUCUGCUGUCCUGAGUGCGGUCGAUGCAGCUCUCGUCGCUUGUUCAAAGGCUGGAGAUGUGACAACCCGAGCUGCACUUUCGAGAACUUCCCGCAACAUAUUCCAGUCACCCCACCCAUGCUGCAUAAUCCAUGGGAGAAUAGCGGCGACGGCCCAGCACUGGCUCGCAACAAACAUGAAGGAUCUCACGGCGUCAAUGUAGUCGUUACGCACGUUCACGGCUUCAAGGUUUUCACAUACACUAUCGCAGGCGUGAAUGGUAAGUUCGUGCACGCUGUGUCUAAUGCCAAGAUCAACCGGGAGCCUAGGGGCCCUGACGAGAUGUUCGCCGCCAUUCAGGGGCAAGACGAGCCUGGUAUGGAUAUGCAUCUCGAGCGAAGACGGUUUGGAAUCGAGAAGAUGCCGGUCAACAAGAUCGAGAGCCAGACUGUGCCACCAGUGCCCGCAAUGCCAGCGGCACCAUCGACGCCUCUACGGCAGAGCACAUUGCGAUUUGACCUUGAAUUAGAUACUCUUUCUCUUCAGCGGUCAAGUUCAUCCCCUGUUAGCCCUGAGAAGAUUGGCGGGCAAAUUGGACGCGAGCGGUCUAGUAGGCUGGCUGAGAGAUGCCAGAAAGCGGUGUCCCCGAAUCUGGCCGACAGCGCCUCUUCAACUAAUGCGAUGGAGCCAGCCCACGUUACACCAACGAACGACGAGUCUCAGUCAACACCAGAUGUUGCUGCCGAAAUGACAGAGAACGACAACGGAUCUUUCUUGGCCGGCAUCGAAGAAGCUGCGGAAGCUGACGAGCCGCAAAAGAGUGACCCAAAGGACACCACGACAGUUGGCAAGCCAGUGGUUGAGGACGGCGAUCUUAUGACAGCUUUCUCCAUCAACUACGGCAUGCCAUACAAGUUCGUCGCCGUCGGCAGUAGUCUGCCAUUCACUGACUCUCCCUGGCCAGUCCGCACCUGCCGUGCUGACCUCAACUGGGCAUCACAGACCUUCCUCGAUUCGCAGGACCACAUGGACUUCAAUGAAGAACUGAUCUUUGCGUACCUCGAGGGUCAAAAGAUCGAGUACCAUGACGACGGCGAGUCCGGCCUCGGCCCACGUAUCGCGACACUCUCACUCGGUGGAAAGGCAAAGAUGCACCUGCGUAUGAAGAUGAAGCACUACACCGGCUGCUCGAAGACGGGCAUCUUCACUGCCGAGAAGCCUAUGCCCCACAGUAUCGAUGGCCCGGAGAUGUACCAGAAGCGCCUCGCUGCUUGGAACGAGCUGCAGACGCUGAAGGCGACUGAUAAGCCAGCUUACGAGCGUCGCCGCAAGGAGCUACCUAAGGAGCUGGGGUUGUUUUCGAAGCGAAUGAAGAAGGCCGAGGAUCUGGUGACGGUGACGCUGAACCAUGGCGAUAUCGUGCUGAUGGAGGGCUACGAAAUCCAGCAGUAUCUCGAGCACAAGGUCGUUCCCGAGCAGUGCCUACGAUUCGCCCUGACGUGCCGAACUGUGCUCCCAGAUCAUCUGAAGCCGGAGGAGAGACCAGCGUAUGAGGUGGAGCUAGAUGAUGGAAGCAUGAGUUGCCUCCGAGGCAUGGUUGCGAGAGAUACUGAAGCCUAG